AUGGCGGAUGUCGAUUCUCUGCAUGACAUGAGCUCAGAUUUAGAUCAAGAUCCUAGUGCUGUUGAAGCUGAUGCCGAGGAUGACGAAGUUUUAAAUGACAGCCAAGAUUCCAGUUUGAGAAAGAAAAGUAAGCGAAAGAAAAAACGAAAUGCGCGUGACAUCGAAAGAUCGAGCGGAGAUUCAGAUAGCCAGGCACUCACUGACGAGUACGAGAGCAAAAUGCUACUAGGAUGUCCAGGGGACCAGUCGCAGUCGGGCGUGGAUGCCGACUCGGAGAGCCAGUGGUCCAGAGAGCCGGCGAAGGAGAAGUCCAGCCCUAACAAAAUACUGGUCACUGAGAAUGCUCCUGACAAUGACAAAGUGCAGAAUAUUGCUGGUAUUCAACAGAUUCAGAAAGCAGUGGAGCUGCUUACACUGCAGCAAGGUGCUCCAAAAAGCUUGGAGGAAGCAAAGAAAAAGAAAUUUUUGUUCUGGGAAACACAGCCAGUACCGAAGUUUGAUGAGAAGAUCACUUGCAAUACGGAGAUAGAGGACGACAAAACUCCACAGGAGGUGCGACAGGAGUGCUACUCUUUGCCAGCUGGUUUCCAGUGGGACACGCUUGAUAUUGGAAACCCUCUUAUUCUAAAAGAGUUGUAUACACUUCUAAAUGAAAACUAUGUUGAGGAUGAUGACAACAUGUUUCGAUUUGACUAUUCUCCUGAAUUUCUUCAGUGGGCUCUCCAGCCACCGGGCUGGAUGAAGGACUGGCACUGUGGGGUGCGGGUCACCAAGAGCGCCAAACUGGUUGGUUUCAUCAGUGCCAUCCCGGCUCACAUCAAGAUAUAUGAUAGAUCAAAAAAGAUGGUGGAAAUUAACUUCCUUUGUGUCCAUAAAAAGCUGCGAUCAAAACGAGUUGCACCCGUUCUGAUAAAGGAAAUAACUCGAAGAGUGCACCAACACGGACUGUUCCAGGCGGUCUACACUGCAGGAGUUGUCCUCCCUAAACCAGUAACUUCUUGCAGGUACUGGCACCGAUCUCUGAAUCCAAGGAAGUUAAUUGAAGUGAAGUUUUCACACUUAAGCCGGCACAUGACUAUGCAAAGGACACUGAAGUUGUACAAACUACCUGAUGCGACCAAGGUCCCAGGCUUUAGAAUGUUAACACCUGCUGAUGUGCAUGAUGCCUACGAACUAGUAUCGAGUUAUCUCGGUACAUUUGACUUGGCCCCAAUUUUCUCAGAAGACGAAUUUAAGCAUUGGUUUGUUCCCAGGAAAGGAAUUGUAGAUAGUUUUGUAGUAGAGCAAAACGGAGUGAUUUCUGAUUUUGUGAGCUUCUACACACUUCCGUCGACUGUGGUGCAUCAUCCUCAGUACAAGACUUUGAAAGCUGCUUACUCAUUCUACAACGUGGCGGGCAAGACGACUUGGAUCGAACUCAUGCAGGAUGCACUUAUAGCUGCUAAGAACAUGCAUUUUGACGUAUUUAAUGCUCUAGACUUGAUGGACAACAAGGAAUUCUUGGAGAAACUCAAGUUCGGAAUUGGUGAUGGGAACCUGCAGUAUUAUUUGUACAACUGGAAGUGUCCUGCCAUGGACCCAAAAAGGGUUGGGCUUGUACUACAGUGAAGUGGAUUUAUUAACCGAUGUCAGAAGUGAGCACUGGAGGAGAGUUUUCCAGUCUUCAUCCUCCAAAACCUUUCCUGGGCCUCAUCCCACCAUCUUUUUGAUGAGUGAACAGAGAGAGAACAAAACAUCUCUUGAUAUGUCAUAUAAAGUGUUUGUGGAUAAGUCAGGGGAUCAUCUUUGACUUCUAAUGCAAUAUGCAAAAGUUAUAGGUUCAUACUGUCUGUGGGAUUCAUACUCUGUGCAUUUCAACUGAACUUGUUAAAUAUAGGACAAGCAACUUCAACUUGUGUGAGAGAGGAAAGUAUUUGUUGAAAGUUCAUUAAUAUUUGCGUAUAUAUGUACAUGGGUGUGACAAGACAAACAUGUAAGAUUUUGCGGGUUUUUUCUAAGCCAUUUCACAUCGCCGAUACCUUUUUUUAAAAGUAUAAUGUGAAGUAAUUGUUCUCUGCUAA